CUGAUUCAUAGACUCAGAACCUCAUGUAGACAGAAGUGCAGAAGACCCAGGAAGAAGAUAAAAUGAAUAAUAACAUCUACAUGAUACUCUUUCUUUUUCUUCAUGAAGUCUGUGAACACGAUUGCAAUGUUGCUCAUGUGGAUCAGGUUUUAACCGUAAAAGAGGGAGGGGAUGUAUUGUUACCUUGUCUUAUUGUAAAUGAUCAGGUACACCGAGCACUAUGGUAUAAACAGGUUCUUGGAGAGAAACCUGUCCUAAUAGUGUCAUCAUAUCACCACUCUCAACCAAAUGAAUUUUCUCCUGACUUGGAAGCAAGUCAUCGUUUUCGUGCAGUGAGAAAGGAUGAUAGUUUUAACUUAACCAUCCUGAGAACCUUGAAAUCUGAUUCAGGCACGUAUUUCUGUGGUGUUGCCUUCGCUAACAUUUUUUCCUUCAGCACUGGAACUGUUUUGCUGGUUAAAGGUGCAGACCUCAAACCUGCUGUUAUUCAACAGUCUGUGCUUGGUGUUAUAAAGCCAGGAAGCAAUGUGACUCUGCGGUGCUCAGUAGAAGUGAAGAUGUGUGAGAAAGGAAUACAACUAGUCUACUGGUACAGACGCAGUUCAGAAACUAUCCAUCCAGGAAUGGUUUAUACUCAUGGAGACAUGAACAAUGAGUGUGAGAAGAACUCUGCUGCCUCCUCUCCUAUGCAGAGCUGUCUGUACAAACUCCCCAAGAUGAAUGUUAGUCUCUCUGAUGCUGGAAUAUACUACUGUGCUGUGGUAAUUUGUGAUGAAGUUUUAUUUGGAAAUGGCACAACAUUGGUCAUUGAAGAUGAAUUUAAUAGUGAGAGGAUGCCAUAUUUUAUAAUAAUUGGCCUUGCCGUGCUGUGUACAGUCAGUUUUACCAUAAAUAUUUUGCUCUGUAUACCAUUGAGAAGAAAAGAUAGAACACCUCAACAAAUCCAGACUACCAAUGACGAUACAACAAGAGUUCAGUACCGCAACACAGAUGACAUUAACUAUGCUGCUCUGGACCUUUCCACUAAAAGAGGUCAGAGAAAAAGGCCCUUAGAGGAGACAACAUACUCUGUACCGACAUUGCGAGACAAGAUCUGACACUUGUAGCUGAUGAUCAUCUAAUCGUACCAUAAUAUUUAACAUAAUAUCAAACUCCAGGAGUGCAUUAGUAAUAUUCCCUAUUUGUGUCUCUAAUGAUAGAAACUGGCUAUGCACGUCUGUGCUUAUUCUGCAUCGUGGUAAACGUGUUUUUUUUUUUUUUUUCAAGAAAUGCUGUGAGUGUUAACAAUAACACUUCUGGGAGCUGACGUGCAAAAUUAUAUAUAAAAGCAUAACCACAUCCUGUAAAGAUGUUACUAGAUGUGAAAGCACUGUGUUCAUCAGCUUAAAUAAACCUCUCGACUAAUUAGAUUUAGGUCAACCUUCUAAUUCGGUUAUUCAUCUCUAACACAAUAUGGUUACUUCCUCUAUUACAGAGCAUGCCAUGUUGAAUAGUGUAUCCCAUAAUGCAAUACACUUUAUUUGACCUUCCAUUUCCAGUGUUAGAAAUGUAAUAGAAAAAAUAUCAAAUAUAAUAUUUGAACAUAUACUUUAAUCAUUAUUUGAUCAGACAGACAAGAAUUUAAUUUUACAGGAUGUGUUUGAGUAAAACAGGAAAUUCAGUGUGGGGAAAAAAGCAGGCCGGGACUUGAUUUCACAGAUCACAAAAAAUGGUAGAAAAGUGGUAGAAAAAGUUGUAGAAAAUUGUAGGUUUUUUGUUUCAGUGAAAGACUUGAAAAAUAAGAGACUGGUGAUUUUUUUUCUGGUGAUUUUUUUUUCUCUUUUUUUCCCCUUUUUCUCGGAAAAACUUGCAUGGAUGAAUCGUGCAUUAAAAAUGGUCAGUUUUGAUUCAUGUUGACUGGAUGUUUUAACAAAAUUUUAACUGUUUCAAAUUUCCAAGAUGACAACUGGAUGCCAUUUGCUGAAACAUGCAAUAUGAUGAGGUCAUGUGAUAACAUUGUGGCAUACUACUGUUAUAAGCGACCAGGUGAUGGCAGUGAGAGAUCACAAAUAGAGAAAAGCAGACAAAGAUAUUUUUAUCUUGAUUUUCAGCAUAUUAUGCUUAUGUAAAUUCACUUACACAAUAUUCUUUCAUCGUUCAUCAUGCAAAUUAUUUAAUAUAAAGACUUACAGUAGCAACACUUCAUUUGCAUUCAUUUGAAUAUUUAAACACACCUGUCAUUUAUGUUCAUGACUCCUCAACCUUUUACAAUAUAAAUAUACUGUAAUUUCUUUCAGGGUUUAAAAUCAUGGGUUUGUAGUCCAAAUCUUGAAAUACUGUAAAUGUUAAGCAGUUUCCACUAAGAAAUUUCAAGUGGAUCUUUUUGUUGUUGUUUGUUUCACCACCACUUAAUAUGUAUCAACAUCAGUGAUGCAUUUGCUGUAAAGUGUGAUAUUUUCAUCAAAAUAUUUUAAGAUUAAACUGAGUUUUUUAUGUGUGUUUGUGAGUUCACGUAUGUCAGCUAUUGGCCCUUCUCUGACAUGUACUAUAAAGGGGAUUUUUCCUUUGUCUGAUGUAGAAGCUUAUCAGUGUAAAGAGUUUAUACAAUGCUAGUUAUUUUAAAUAUGUAUAGCUCCAUUUAUACUUUGUUUAAUCCUGAUUGAGGUUAUACAUCAGAAUAGAUAC